UCCUGGAGUCAUUCUUACAGCUGAGAUAACUUUCUGCAUCUUGUUUUUUUGAAGGGAGCAAAUAUUUCUGUUUGUUUUUCCCCAGCAAGCACAGAUCGUGUAUCUUGGGUUUGAAUUCGGAAAUUUUUUUGGGGGGGAAAUAGAUGACUAUUGGUUUGCAUAACCCAGAUUGAAUAAAUACAGUUAUUAAUUUAACGUAAAUCCAGGAUUUUCCAACUUCUCAUCCACAGAGCGAGUAUAGACAUCUCUGGAGUUGCAUUUGAGAUACCACACCCUCAGAAUGCGUGGAGAACAGCAUCAAGCUGUGGAUAUUGAGCAAAGUGCAGUAGAGCUGUUGCCCAGAAAUCCAUACUGUUCGAAUGAAGGAACCCACUGUGGUUGUAGAUUGCCCACUGUGACCCUCCAGCCGCCGUGGGUUACAGCAAAACCGUGGUCCCUCUGGAAAACAUUUCUGGUGUGUCUUUUGGCCUGUCUAAUUGCCACAACGCUUGUUGCUCUGGUCUUAUAUUUUGUCCACUUUGGCAAGGCCACCAACAGUACCACUAUCAUCAUUCACGCAGAUGGAAAGUCGAAUCACGUCACCUGCAACCCUGGUUCUACCCCAUCUCCUGCCUCAUCAGCCCCACCUGGAUCUCCUACCUCUGUGCUCAACCAAAGCUCCGCUGCCCUCAACCAAAGCUCCUCUGCCAACGUGUCUCCAUCCUCCGUGGAGACAACUAAAACAACAACAUUGGAGCAUGAAGUUAUCAUCGAAGAUAAAAAAUGACAGUUUUGAGCCCUUAGCUCUCCUCCAGCCAGAUCAACACCUUCACCCUGGAGAAGGCGUGUCCAGGUGUCUUCUCCUCCCUGCCAAGAGGUUGCAAAGCAUUUGGCUUCAUGAGAGCUUGCCCUUCUUGCCCCAGUCAUUUGCUGUAUUCCCAUAUGGUAAUGACUCAGUCUUGGGCCCUCCAAUAUUCAAAUGAUUGGGAAAAAAAUUUUUUUUUCAACUGAGCUUGAUUGAUUCAUUCAGGCUGGGGCCCAGAGCUUCCUUUUCAUCCCUCCUAUACAACCAACUUCAUUCUUCAUAAACGGGGGUUUCAGCUGAGGAAGAGGCUGCCAGGUGGAUCCCGCUGUACUUCACCCCCUGCCUGUUGGUUCUUAAGCCAGUAUUUACCAUCUAAUUAUUGCUUCUUUUACAAUCUCAUAUACUUCACUAUUUUCAGCAUUUGUAUUCCAGUAGGGAGAAGGAAAUGUUCAGUUAAAGUAGUUAAUGAGCAAGAGUUUUUAAAUACUGUUGGUUAUUAUAGACACAUUUCUCUUAUUGGGAAAUUCAGAAAAGAGAUUAGUAAGGUUAGAAAUAAUCGAGGAAGAUUUUGGAGAAAAACUAAGGGUUGAAAAAGGGUGAAAAGUUAGACUUGGGGAGAGGUAAUUAAAAUAGAAAAUGAGAGGGUGAAGGGGGUUUAAUAGAUUUAAAAUCAAAAGCACACUUAGAAGCACUUGAAAUGUAACAAAUGAUGUAUUUUAUAUAUCUGCAUUUUUUCACUGAUAUUGUCAACAUUAUUUUCUACAUUUAAUAUUUUGCUUAAUAUCCAAAAUACCAUAAAAACUACCACUUAUAAAAUUUGAACUCUAAAAUUGUUUUGUAUUUUGUACUAUAAUUUUGAGGGCACAUUGUUUGUAAUUUGCUAUGAAACACAAGACUUGUUUAAUAUUUAUAUUGAGUGUUUAAUAUUCACUAAAAGCAUACAUACUUAGAGUUAAAUGAACCUUGCCCAUUCCAUCCCCAACCUCCAAACUCUACAAAAAUGGAAGACUAUCUCAGACAAGGAGGCUUCCUACCCAAUGACUCAGCCCUAUGAGUGGACACUAAAGCCUUGGUAUCCAGCCUCCAAUUUUGGAUUGUCUUUUGCACACCAUUAGAGGUUCUGGAAGCUUGUUUUGUUUUGUUUUUUGUUUUCCUAAAACAAAAGGCUUUGUGUUCUAUAUAAUUCCAGGUUGAUUUGCUGCAGUCAAUAAUAGGCCAUGUAAAUUAGAAUAGACUUUGAGACUUUACUGAAUUCUUAGACUCCACAAAAGAAAGAUCAGAAAUAUGGCCAUUCCUUACAAAAUUGUUAUAUAUGGGCAGCUAGCAUUAUUUCUCAGACACCAAGAGAUAUACCAAUUUAAGUCUUUAAAGAAUAAUUUUUAUACCACAAAUAUCAUUUGAUAAUACAACUUAAGAAAGAUGAAAGUUGUUACAUACAUUUUAGAAAAGAAAUGUCAUGAAGUUCUAGAUAAGAUUAAUAAACACAAGGGAGUAAAUAUGCAUGCAUUUUCCCUUGUAUGAUCUUUAACCAAUUCGUUUCUAUUGUAGUUUUUAUUUAAAUGCUUGUGAAGAAGAAAGACUAAAUACACUAGGUUCAAAUGUACUUCUUAAUAUAAUUUAAACUUUGCUUUGUGGUAUAAAAGUAAAAAAAGCUUUUUUAGGGGCGCCUGGGUGGCACAGCGGUUAAGCG